CCCCUGUCUCCACCCCCCCUCUCCCACCCCAGGAUCUGUAUCCAGUGGUCAACGGAGGAGUGCCGGAGACGACGGAGCUGCUGAAGCAAAGAUUCGACCACAUCUUCUACACGGGCAGCAGCGUCGUCGGCAAAAUUAUUAUGGAAGCCGCCUCCAAGCAUCUGACGCCUGUCACUCUCGAGCUGGGCGGGAAGAGCCCCUGCUACAUCGAUGAGGGCUGCAAUCUUGAGGUGGCUUGCAGGCGGAUUGCGUGGGGGAAAUACCUGAAUUGUGGCCAGACCUGCAUUGCCCCGGAUUACAUCCUAUGCAGUCCAUCCAUUCAGAAGACUGUCGUAGAGAACAUUAAGAAGAACAUCAAAGAAUUCUACGGCGAGAACAUUAAAGAGUCCCCGGAUUACGAGCGGAUUGUGAGCAAGCGUCAUUUCAAGAGACUGAUGGGCCUUUUGGAAGGACAGAAGGUGGCCUAUGGGGGUGAAAGUGAUGAGUCUACCCGUUACAUAGCUCCCACCAUCCUCACGGACGUCAGUCCGGAAGCCCGGGUCAUGCAGGAAGAGAUUUUCGGCCCCAUCCUGCCCAUCAUCACGGUGAAGGACCUGGAGGAAGCCAUCCAGUUCAUCAACCAGCGCGAGAAGCCCCUGGCCCUCUACGUCUUCUCGGACAACGACAAGGUCAUCAAUAAAAUGAUUGCCGAAACGUCCAGCGGCGGAGUCACCGCGAACGAUGUCCUCAUGCACUUCUCCAUUCCAAACUUGCCUUUCGGAGGCGUUGGUAACAGCGGCAUGGGUGCCUACCACGGCCGUUUUGGCUUCGACACCUUUUCCCAUCUGCGCGCCUGCCUCAUCCGGAACUUCAAGAUGGAAGCCAUGAACAAUAUUCGGUACCCUCCGAACAGCCAGAAGAAGGUGGAUUGGGCUAAAUUCUUUGUCCUGAAGCGGUUCAGCAUGUGGAAGUUCGGCGUUGCCGCCCUCACGGUCCUCGGCAUUGUAGCCGCCAUUGUCAUUAAGGUGAGUCCCCGGCCCAGGAUACGUGAUGUCGGCCCCUCCGAAGUAGGCCGAAACUAGAAAUGGACGCCUCCACAAGGCUUCCGGAAAGGUGACGGCUAGUCCUCGAUGGACAACUGCUUGUGUUAGCACCCGCUUGAAAUGACAGAGGGUCCUCAACUUACAACCGCUGGUGUUAGCACCUGCUUGAAAUGAUAGGGAGUCCUCGA